AACUCAAAACUUUUCAACCGUUCGGAGAGUUUUCUUAAUCGCUUAUGGCCUCCGUGGGUCCGGAGUGUGUUCGUUUUGUGGACGGGUCCCGUCCUGCUACACUGGCACCGCCGCUAGCCGGGCGGCACGAGUUCCACUCGCUCCGACGGCGAAAGCGUACAACUUUCCACCACGGCCACGAAAACACAAACGAAUACACAAAAGGACGCCCCAACUUUAUUUGUGACCCAGCCGACCGACGGUCGACGCGUUUUCCACCGAGCGCGCGCGUCGCCGCCGCCGCCGCCGCCGACUCGUUCGAGCGGAGUUGUUUGUGUGACGUCGGGACUUAGCUCCCCGUUAGCAUAGCGGGCUAGCAGCCGGCUCUCCGCACUCGGCCGGGACAUAAAACCAUCGAGCUCGUGAUUUGAUUUAAACAGCAAACACCGUUAAUAAGACGCCACGCGGUCACACGUCGUGCUCGCGUCGCCACGGUGACUUUGACGUCCACUCGGGAUGUUUCACCGUGUGUCGAAGGGAGCAGGAGCACGGGGCCCCCCCCUCUUCAUGCUUCAGUAUUAACUCUCACACGGGGGUCCUGCUUCUUGGCCCCUGAGCGCGUUGGUCGCUCCUGGCUUCAGAAACCAGAUCGCUCUUUAUUCCAUCGCGUUUCCUCCUGGUCCUGUUCGAAGACAUUCGAUCAGUUUGUGCUGUCAAUGAGUAAAAGAAACUAUUCUCACAACCGUCCUGUUUAUAUACACACGUCUUAUUAUUAUCACGUAUGAUCAUUAGUAGAAUGCUAUUUCUUAUUGAUUAAAGUGACAUGUUGUCAGAAGGUUCAGUGACAGAAAAAAAACUGUAGUUUUUAAUUUCACAUGGACAUCAGAACUGCAAACCAUGCGUUUGAUAUAAUAAUUCAAUACUGAUGAACAUGUAUGCACAGAGGAUGGUGUUACGGCCCCCGGAGGCCCCCGGGUUUCUGUCGUGGUACUUUUGUAAUUAGCUUUUUGUAACUCAGAUUUCCUCUCAAAAUGCGUUUCCACGUCGUCUGAUGGUUGGAAUAUGUUUUUAAACAAAAUAGUUCCUAUAAAACAUUUGGAGUUGGGUGUAUUGAAAUAGACCUGUGUCCCAGAACACUUCUACUUCUCUGUCUAAUUGUAAUCUACUCAUCUACAAUACUCUCAUAACCUCGCUGCUUGUGUGGCCAGAUUGUGUCGUCCCUUCCUUCUCCGCGAUCCUGUUUCCCGCUCGGUCCCUCACACUUGUUGGUGGCCCCGCUAAGUGCCGGAACGAAAAGGCCCUUUGGGGAGAUGCGUGGGCGUUGAUGGCCGUGUAGGCAGUGAUUGUCAAAAAGUGUCAAUCACGGUGGACUCGGGUGACCUCGCGGCGAGACCGUUGGAAUUCAGAGGAGGGUGAUGCAGAAUGCCUCCGACUUGACCCCUGCGCACUCCAUCUCAAGUUGUAUCAGGCCUGGUGCUGAAGUGCAGCAACUGUGAGAUGCAUUUAUCAUCUGUCAUGCGGCCUCGGUGCAUCAGCUGUACGCGGAGGGGAAGGAGUGAUUCCAAAUAUAUUCAUGUGCACUUGGUGUGAAAUCUCUGCGCUUAUCUCUGUCAGUUGGGAGAUUUGAUGGAGCGUUGGAGUAAACAGAAGAACGGCCCUGUUGCAAUAGAAAAGCAACUGUCUUAGAGAGGUGAUGUGUUGUGUGGUGGAUGCUGGCUGGUGUUGAUCUGUCCCUCUCAGCAUGUGAGACACCCCCACCCAAAAAUACACACUUGACCAAUACCCUGUCUUUAUUCCCACAGAAGUUGUUGCUUUUGUUUUGCUUGAUAAUAAACAUCCCACUCGUGAGUCAUAACUUAAGUGGAAGCCGUGGAUUCAGGUGAUACUGCCCCAAAUAUCACACGCUGUGUUUGCGGCCCCCACCCACCCCCUGUCCAGCUCCCAGUGUGGACCCCGAGUUGCCGAACAGGCGUGACUCUUGGUGUGAUGUUCCUCUUCAGCUGCCUCCGCACGCUGAGCCCCGCUGGGCCAUGUAGUGUAACUUAAUGGACUUCAAUUACCUCAGCAACAGCCAAACCACAUUCAACACCCUCGGGCAAACCAGCACAGGUUGGUUUCCUCCUGCAGCGAGGGAACGUGCUCUUUCUGAGAGGACUGGUUGGUUUUGACCGAGUCUGGAGCAGAGUGUGGGAUCACGGCCUCAUGAGCUCACGCAUUCGGGUUUUAAUGGCUCUCCGGAUUGGGCUAAACGUGAUAGCGGAAAAAAGUUUGGACUCUGCCGCCUGCGUGCACUGAGCUGAACUCACUGCCAACAGUGUCGAAUCCAGCGCUGUAAUGCGGAGUACGUGGCUUCUACCUCACCCUCCAGUGGCCUGCAGGAGGACAUGGCUAUGGAUGUGGACUACUGCAUCGCCCUGCGGGCCUACGACCUGUGCACCCGGCGACAGGCGCGCAGCUGCAGGGGAGACCUGGUCUACCACUCGGCCGUCUUCCGCAUCAAGGAGCUAUUCUCUCAGCACAAUUGCUCCAGCGACGGGCCCACGUCCUCCGCCAAGGUCCCCAGCACGUCCCGACCGGCGGUGUCGGAGCUGUGCGACUACGAGAGUCGGGUCUUUAGGACGGGCUCGGCCGGCCAGCAGAAGAAAUAUGCCCACUGUGGAUUAUUUGGAGACCCGCACCUACGGACUUUCCGCGACGAGUUUCAGACCUGCAAGGUGGAAGGGGCGUGGCCUCUGAUCGAUAACCGCUACCUGUCGGUGCAGGUGACCAAUGUGCCCGUCGUCCUCGGCUCCAGCGCCACGGCAACGAGCAAGAUCACAGUUAUCUUCAAAUCCUACCAUGGCUGCACAGACCAGAAGGUGUACCAGGCCACGACCGAGGACCUGCCGCUGGCGUUUCAGGACGGCACUCGGAGCGGCGGCGAGAGCGGCAGCCUGACCAUCGUGGAGCGGGGCGGCUCUGGGGUGGGCAGGCAGGUGAAGAUUCAGGCCCGCUACAUCGGCACUUCCAUAAUCAUCCGGCGCGUGGGCAGCUACCUAACCUUCGCCAUCCGCAUGCCAGAGGACAACCUGGACUUUUCUGAGGACAAUGGCGGCCUGCAGCUCUGCCUGCACGGCUGCCCGCGCAACGAGCUCAUCAAAGAGCACCGGCUCGGCCGCCAGAGCCAGCAGCCCCGCCUGCAGGGCACCAGCACGGAGCUGGGCCCUCUGCGGCCCCCUCACCAGGUCUACACGGUGGAGCGGGCCACGGCCAAGUGCAGAGAGACCCUGCAGGUGGAGGACGUGUACUUUCAGUCCUGCGUGUUUGACUUGCUGACCACAGGAGAUCCCGAGUUCUCCAUGGCAGCCUUCGGCGCUCUGGAGGAUUUAAAGGCGCUGCCGCCCAGUAAACUGAAGCAGAACUCCCCGAGGACUCCUCGUCCCUACAACCGAGGGGCGUCACACACGUCGGCCGGCAGGCCGCUGCUCCCACUCCUGCUUCUCAUUCUGCUGCUUUUGUAAAAAAAAAAAAAAAAAAUUAUAAAAAUGAAUUAUUAUUGAAAAGAACAUGGAAGCUUUACCAGCUUGAGGAAAGAGUGAUUAGAGCUCAGACAUAUACAUAUAAAUAUAUUAUUAUUAUUUUUUGAAUGUUUUCCGUUUUUGUCAUUUGAAGGAUUUCGCCCCCCCCCCCCCCCCCCCCCCCCCCAAAAAAAAAUAAUUAUCGCUCCCACUUGACAUUUUCUGUGGAUUAAUACAUGGAUCACACCAUUUGAAGAAAAUCAAACGUGUACGCACGUGUUCACCAGUUUCACCUGCUCACUUCAGGACUUCUCUGAAAUGGUAAAACUCAUAAUCGCUGGUACUGACCUCCAGAAUUUAGUUUUUAUUUUGUAAAUAUUUCAUUUUUAUUGAGAAAAUGUACAACCUCCAAACUCUCCACUAUGUAUGCGGCCGCAUAUAACUCAUCAUAAAAUAUAAGCUGUUUGUAUUCAUGCAGAGCUACGUGGCUUCUAGGUCCUGUAAUAAUCCAGUAAUAUCAAUAGCACUUACAGGUUUUAACAGCGAGUUUUGUGUAUUUGAAUGUUGUUUCUUUGUCCAUUUCAACAGUUGUCGUAGAAACCAGCUAAAUACACAGGAUCCAACAACUGUAUGUAAAAAAAAAAACUACCUAUCCAUGACGUGUGUCCGUGUGAUGAUCUCAACCGCUCUCAUCUUCUGUGAAACACUCCUCUUCAAGCUGCUCGGCUUCCAGUUUUUAAGGUUUAAAAAAAAACAAAAAAACACAAAUCUUUAUAUAAUAAUAUAUUAAAAGAGUGUAUAUAUGUGUUUUAUAUUGUGUACAUUUGCAUGUGUAUAGAUGUUUUAACUGUAAUAUGUUUUACAUUUUCUUUUGUUUAGUAGGUCCUUUUUUUGAGACAGUGUAAGAAAAGUAAACUAAUGCGUUGUGUUGUGUAUCUGUGAUUUUCUGUAUUAAAGUGUUGGACACGA